CGUGUUUGAAAUAAAGUGAGAAAUGGAUAACCCACUUACGCCGAAAAAGAUUCAGAGGUUGAUUCAAAUGGCGGAAGAUAGGUCUUCCAAUGUUGACUGGCGAUUAUUGUUAUCUGAAGAGGAUUUAAAAAUGUUAAGAGCACAGGCCGCUACAACAACCAACACAAACAGAUAUGACUCUGUUAAGUACGAAUCUUCUUCCGGUAUUUUGGACUUAGAUCGCGUGGAAGGUUUUGGUGAAUCUGGUAGUAUGGCAAAUAUGUCUCUAAGCAAAUCGACUACCUUUAAUCCAGGAGAAUUGACUGGUAGAUCCACAGGCACAGAGAGUACCAAUACAAAAUCCAAUAUGGCAUUGGGCGUUCCUAGAUUGGAGGAAUAUGGGCGUCACUCCUUGGGCAUUGAAUCCUUGACCAGCCAGAUGGACAAGCAGACCAAUGAGAUCAAUGAUAUUAUGAGGCACUCUAUUGCUAGUAAUUAUACAUUUCACUCUAAACCAAACCUAACAGCAGAUGAAGCAUCAUUGAUUGUCAGGGAAGCACCAAUACCUCUGCAAACAGUACACACUCAAUUUCUGGAAAGUUCGUCAGUUAAUAAUUCAACUCCUUACAAUGUAUCUGUGGGCUCCUACUUUAAGAACAGAUGUCCUGAAUUUGGGAAAAUGCUUGCAAAAACUGACAGCCCUAACAAAUCCAGUUUUAUGAUGCCUAGCAUUACUGAAGUGUCCUGCAGCACUCAAUAUGAUCAUAAGCAGCCCAAUCCACUUACAUUUGUAGACAGCACCUUAGACUGCGUGCCAGUAAGGCAACCUCGCGCCUCGAAGAAACAAUCAGAAUUACCAGUUUUCAAAAAACCUUGUAAACCUAUAGAUAAACUCGAAAUUUCAAGCAUAGUACCAGAAAAGUCUCAAACAAAAUCAAAAACUGCGGCGUUUCCACAAAAAACCUAUUCUUCUGCGUCAAAACCUGCUGACUUGUUGUUGAAGAACUUGCAACAAUCUUCCUUGCGUUUAUUGAGUGAGGAUACUGAAGGUUCAGAGAAUAAUUCUUUCAGUGUUUCUAAAAUCGCUGAUUAUCUUGAUAGACAAUCCAACGUAAGCGUGACGGAAAUGAUGCAUUUCAAGAAGCCUAAAACAAAAAAGCAACCAUUAUCAGAACUACAAAUGAAUGCACCUAGGAUCGACGAAGAAGUUACUAAUUUAAUUGAUACUAAAAAGGCCGAAACUGCCAGUUCUGCGGGAACUAUUAACACUGUUGUACCAUUUGAGAACUUGAACAUAAAGGACAUUCCCGAAGUGGUAGUGACUCGAGAAACUUUCCAAGUUCAGAAUACGGAUACUGGAAAUCGUGUUACGAGAUCGAAAUCGCCAUCAACGAAAAGUCAAUCAACUUUGAGUACAGUACGCGAUAAUUAUUCAAGUUUCAAGUCGGGUGAUAGCCCUAAUUCCAGUAAAGGGUUGGACGAGGCUAAUAGUCCAAAAGUGUCUUCCCCAAAUAUUCAGUACAAAGAGUUAGAUAAGUCAGUAGAUUGGCAAGAGGUGUUACUGCAGAAGCAAAUGAGACGCGUGGCUAAAGAACAAUGGGCAAACAUAGCGGCACCGCCUGUAGAAGGAUUUGUCGGUGUAAGUUGUCCUGUAACUAUUACCGUUACAACACUGGUCGAUAGUUGGUUGACAGCCAAACUGCAGAUUGACGAGCUACUCGAUGACAAAGAUAUAAAUAUCGAUUUACCUCGUUUGCCGCGUCUCCUCGAACCAGGAAAAUCCGAUCAGUUCACAUUUUCUAUCACAUCUAAUGUGGAAAUUAAUACCAGACUUCAAUACACUAUUCACCUUAAAGACCCCUCUAUAGAUGGAGAUAUUGAACAGAAAGGAGAAAUAGAAGUGAAUUUUAAAGUACCUGUUAUUCAAGCUAUGUCAGCUGACGGAUUGAACAAAGUUGCCUAUGCGCCUAUACCAGAAAUGUCUUCUUGUAUGAAAUCGUUCAUUAUUAUAAGCGACUGCCCGGCUGACUUACAAUUGAAAUUGUGUAUUGUGGAAGGUGAAAGCUUGUUCUGUAUUAAAAAUGUACAAGAAAUAAAAAAGAGUGAUGUUAAUAAGCUGCUUCUACAGCGUCAACCAAGUGACGACCAAAACACUGGAAAGAGCAAAAAUAAAGCUACAAAUAUGCAGUUUUGUAGAUUGACACAAGGAAACGCUAUCAGAGUUACUGUAAGUUUCGUUUCGCCGAAAUUGGCCCAGUUGCAGAUAUCGUCAAAAACAAAAGUUACUUUCAAUGGUGCCCUUAACGUUUACUUGUUAAGUGGUGACGCAGUGAUAAGGAAGAUCGAUCUCGUCGGGAUCGUAGGAAUGCCAGUGCUUGGCCUCAAUAUAUCAGGCAAUAAAUUACAUCUUAGCAAUGAGCCAGUAAAGAUAACUGUAAAGAACACAGGCACAAUAUCAGGCAGUUGGUCGAUUAUACGAGGACCUGAUGAGUCUGAUGACUUUCCGUUCCAAGUGUCGCCAACAAAAUUCGAGUUGCAACCGGGCGCCUCAACAGCCAUUUGUAUGGCUUAUACUGGGCUUGAAGAUGACUUGAAGGAAACGACAAUCGUAUUUGAAGAAAUAACAACGGGCAAUAAAACAACUCUCGAUAUCUCAGGCGGUUUAAGUAAACCAAAGCAGUUCCCGAUCAAAAGCAACUAUUCAAUAUUGUCUUGGGUGCGACCUGGUCGCAAGGAAAUUAGCUUGAAGAAUGUCUCAGACAAAAAGAUUUAUAUUCGUUGCCAUUUAUUGGGUGAAGGGUUUUCCAUUGACUUACCGAAGGCUGAGUCUAGAGGGAUUUUUGUGGUGCCAUUUGAAGCCAAAGAAUGUAGAUACCUCCCGAUUGUAUUCACGCCCUACUCACUCAUGCCCUGCACUGCUGUUUUGCAUUUGGUGUUUGAUAAGAAUAGUGACACUUCGCGCAAGGUGAAACUCUUUGGAUGCAACAGCGGCGAGGUGGUCCGCUGGCCAGGGCUAGUGACGUACUCCGACACGGCGGCGCAGGUGCGUGCUGUAAGCGGCAUGCCAGUCGAGUUACAGUUAUACAACAAAUCGCCUAUGCCAGCGUUCGUCGCUGCCAGGAUGCAAUUCAAUGUACAUUAUAGGCCAGUAGAGACAACUUCAGCCCUAAAAGGUGCAAACCGCAUAAUCGCCGGUCGCUCCCGACACACAAUCUCGCUACAGUUGGACUGGCGGCGUGUGGAGAGACGGGCAUAUGAAUGUGGUAUCACCGCGCUUGCCACAAUCACGGUACUUACCGGUGCUGAGUUUACUAGACGAAGGAUAUUGAGGAUUCUCAGAAAUGAGUCCAACGGGGAGCUGGAUACUUCCCUGUUGCCGGCUCGUCUGAAUAUACUGGCUGACCAAUUCGAGGAAGAAGACUCCAAUACAGACACCUUCUUCAAAGACUUCGAAGAGACAGAGGUAUCGCUAAAUGAACUUGUAGGAGGAUUACAAGAGCUAACCGUGUCUAUCGACCUGCCACAAGAUUUCGGCGAAAGCACCAUCGUCGUCCUUGAUGACACUAUGAUUAAUCACCAUACUCUUAUUGAAUAAGGCACCAGAGACGUUUUACCAACAGAGUGGUGUAGUGUGUAUAAAAAAAUGUAUUUGAUGAUUAUAAACUAAAUUGAUAUUAUGUUACUUUUACAUUAUAAUUAAAGUGUGCGACGUUUACGAAUCAUUAAUGCAAUUAAACAUGAAAUAUAAACUUAUUCCCUGUCCACGAGGACACGACAGACUCAGGUCUAUUGCGUUACCAGAAGUUGAGAAUACAUAGUCGUAAAAAAAUAACAAUUAUUUUUUUGUUAUUGUUAUUAUAUUUUAAUUUUCUUUUAAAUUAUUAUAAAUGAAAAUGUAAUCCAUUAUACAUUCCACCGCUGGGCACGAGUCUCAUUUAGGAAGGGUUUAGUCCGAGGGCAUAGUCCGCCACGCAAGCCCAAUGCGGUUGGAGGCUACACGUUUAUUUUCACCUUCAAGGAGACGUAACGAACGAACUAAACGUUCACAGAUAAUUUAUAAGUUUCAAUUUUAUUUGUAAUGUAGUAAUUUUAUUAGAAAUAAUAAAAAUAAAUAAAGACUAUGUUUUUAUCGUCUCGUGUUAGUCCUAGUUAAGCUUUUGAAACAAAUAUAUUAAAAAAUCCGUCCAAAUCUUGUAUGUGUAGCAUGAAAU